AUGGUUUCAAUACGAGUUCGCCGGCGCCGGAUCAUUUUUCCGGCGGUGGCGGUGGCAGUGGUGGUGCUGGUUUUUAUGGUGAGUUUUUGCCGGAGCGGGAGCGUGGGACACAUGCCGUCGACGGAGGAGGAGGGUCGAGAUUACCAGGAAAUUUUGCCGGAGCGGGAGCGUGGGACACAUGCCGUCGACGGAGGAGGAGGGUCGAGAUUACCAGGAAAUGAAGAGAAAGAUGGCGGCGAAAGAAGAAAAGGAAAAAGAUCGGGCGUCGGAGACUUGGACGGAAUGGAAUGGGCAAAAAAGAAGAUCUCCGGUGGAGACGGCGUUAAGAAAGUUACUGAUUUCAUUUCUGAUAAUGCGAAAAAGUCCAAGGACAAAAUCGAGAAUUUCACCUCAGAUUCUGGUUUUUCCGGUGUCCAAAAGGCGGGACAAUAUGGGGCUGAGAAGGGCAGAGAAGCGGAGGACAUGGCGGCGGAGAAGGCAGCAGAAAUGGCGAAGGAGAUGAAGGCGAAGGGGAAGGCGGCGGAGGAGACGACGGAGAAAGGGUUUGUGACGGGAAAGGAGAAGUCGGAGAGGAUAAAAGACGACAUGGUUGGGUCGGAGGACGAGCUGUAA